ACGACUGUAAUUUGAGUGCGGCGGCAAUUUCAUACGCAAUCGCAGCCAAACCGAGGGCCGCGCGAAGUGUCUAAUUUGCUGCUGAACGGGCAGCGGCAACGCCGUCCACGCGUUAGCCCCCCGUUAGCUCGUACCGGACACGAACGGCUUGCUAAGCAUCGGCAAGCGACCGGCGCGGCGGCGCAAAACAUUAAACUAUGACGGCGCUCGCGGAGCGCAACAGCUGGGCCGCCGAGGGCGUCGAUGAUCUGCUCAAAUUCUCGCGCAAGGCCUCGCAGGAGGAGCCGCAGCUCGUGCGGACGCUGCGGGGCCACCGCGGCGCGGUGCACGGCGUCGCGUUCUCGCCGACGCGGCGCCAACUCGCGUCGACGGGCGGCGACGGCGCCGUCAUGCUCUGGUCCUUCGGCAUGCGCGACGAGGCGACGCGCCGCGAGCGGCCGACGCGCGCCUACCGCUUCGAGGGCCACGACGGCGCGGUCUACUGCGCGGCUUUUAGGCGAGACGGGCGCCAGCUGGCGACGGGCGGCGCGGACCGGACGGUGCGCCUCUGGGAGACGCGGGCGCGCGGCGAGAGCCGCAUCUUGCGGGGCCACUCGGGCGCCGUGCGCGCGGUCGCGUUCUCGCCGGACGGGACGCGAUUGCUGACGGGGGCGGACGACAAGUGCGUCAAGGUCUGGAGCCUGCCGCGGCGCCAAUUUGUUUGUACGCUCGGGGCGUCAGAAUUAGCGCCGCCCUCGGGCGCGCGGCCCGCGCGGCGGGCGAGGCAUGGCGGCGGCGGCGCGGUAGCGAGCCACGCGAACUGGGUGCGCGCCGCGUGCUGGUCCCCGGACGGCACGGUCGCGGCGUCGGGCGGCGACGACAAAUUGGUGAAGGUUUGGGACGUCGAGGCGGCCAAGGCCACGGCCACGUUCUUCGAGCACGAGAAGGCCGUCCGCGGCGUCUGCUUCUCCGCGGACGGGACCUGCGUCGUGGCCUGCGGCGACGAUGCGGCGAUCAACGUCUGGGACACGCGCACGAAGGGCCUCCUCCAGCACUACACGGCCCACACCGGGCCUUGCACUUCUGUCGCCGUGGACCCGAAGCAGGCGGGUCGCUACCUCGCGUCGACCGGAGCGGACGGUACCGUGAAGCUCUACGACCUGCGACAAGGCCAGCUCCUUUAUACGCUCGAGGGCCACGCGGGCGGCGCGGCGGCGUGCGCAUUCUCAGGUAUGUCGACGAAGGGCGAGUUGCUGGCUUCCGGAGGCGCGGACAAAACCGUCAUGGUCUGGCGCUCCCAGCUCGACGGCUGCGGACCGGCGCCGGCUCCAAAGGCGCCUGCCAAGGCGCCGGCCCCUUCGAGGGCGCCGAUCGCCGCCGCGGCGCCGCCGAAGCCUCCGCCGGCGCCGCCGGCCAAGGGCGUCCCCGAGGUCGUCGCGAAGACGCUCGACCACGUCGUCGGCCAGCUCGACGCCAUCACCUCCACGCUCGGGGCCCUCGAGAAGCGCAUCUGCGCGAACGAGGGCCGCGUCGCGACGAUCCUCGAGAAGCAGUAGAUUUUCCUCCCCCGCUGCCCUCCUCCCCCGAACUGAACUAAAGGCGGUCGGUGACAUCUACUAGUAAUU